UUUUUUAACUGUAGGCGUUUUUAACUGUCGUUACAAUAUAUAAGGCAAUUCCACGUAAACACAUGUUUUCAUGUGAUUGAAAAAUAUAAAACAAACCCAAAAUAUAUAAGUAGUUAUUAAAUGCCGACGAUAUCUCGAGUGCAAUCAAAAUAUAAUAAAACUUAUAAAGUUUUUAGUGUUCAGUACGCGAAAGUGGUUGUCAUUGUGAAGAGUUCUUCAGUUUUAUAAUAAUGAAAUAUUUUUGUGCCAUAGCUUUGGUUUCAGCAGUUUGCUCUGCAUAUAUACUUGAAGAACCAUUCGUAAACAAGACUGAGAAAGUUUUCUUUUUCGUCGGUGAUGACGACCAAGAAUUGACCUUGAUCGACUCCGCUGAAGAAGUCGAUGAAGUGUUUGCUGACAACUAUGUAAGGGAUCCAGAUAAUAAUGGUUACUGGCUGUAUACAAGAGGCAAUCCAGUAACUCCACAAAUUUUAAGCUUCAAUAACAAUAGUACAGUUAUAAAUUCCUAUUUUAAGAAGGAUAAGGAUACAGUGAUCUUGGUGCACGGCUGGAGAGGCAAUUGCAACAGUCAGGUCAACACGAUGCUCAGGGAAGCCUUUCUUCAAGCUCUGGAUGUAAACGUUAUAGUAUUUGACUGGAGUGCGCUAGCUGGUCAGAAUUACUUGACGGCCAAGAGAGGAGUACCAGGUGUAGGCCAAUGCUUAGGCCAGUUCAUCAAAUGGCUGGUCACCCUGGGUGCUUCAUAUGAGAGGAUGCAUCUAGUAGGGUUUAGUCUUGGAGGACAUCUGGUAGGCAAUGCUGGGAGAGAUAUCGGUGGUUAUGUAAAGAGAAUAACAGCUUUAGAUCCAGCUGGACCUCUUUGGCUGUUAAAUCCAUACAGACUUAACAAGACAGACGCGCAAUACGUCGAAGUGAUUCAUACUACACUAAUUGUUGGCCAUUUUCCACCUUGUGGCGACGCAGAUUUUUAUCCAAACGGAGGGGUGUUCCAACCUGGUUGCUUUUUGGACUCGUGCUCUCAUAGACGGGCCUAUGAGCUAAUGGCAGCUACUGUGAAGUUUAACCAUCUUAAAGCAAUGGCUUGCAACGACAUGAUAGAACUAGAUUUGAAUAAAUGCUAUGGCAAUAUAGAGUUUAUGGGUAACGCAGAUUUGAUGCCAAAAAGUCCUACUUUAGAUAUGGCUAUGUUAACUUCAUUGACCUUCGCUUUGUUGAUUGGUUUUACUGUUGGUCUCCCAACAGAAAUCUUAACAUUAACGAAACUUAAUUCCACUGCUAUAGAUUCAAUAGGAGCCAGCCAUUUAGUAGAUUUAUGGGAUCGCGUCGAUGAUAUCUUUGAAUCCCUGAGAUUUGAUCCUAGUGUCUCCAAUGUCUACCAUUUGUUCACCAGACAAAAUCCAACAGUUAGUCAACCACUUAUACAAAAUGCUGCAUUGAUUCAGCAAACUAAUUUCAUCAGCAAUAGGAGAACAAUAGUCUUGAUUCACGGCUGGCGAGAGGAUGCUCUCGCUGACUUCAAUACUGUAGUCAUUCCAGCCCUUCUUGCUGCUGAAGACCUCAAUAUCAUAGCUGUUGACUGGAGUGAAGGAGCAGCCAGCAUUAACUAUCGAACAGUAAUCGCCAACACGAUAUCUUCUGGAGCAGCGGUCGCAGAUUUCAUCUCAUGGUUGAAUCAAGCCUCGGGAGCUAAUCUCAGUCAGUACCAUGUCAUAGGCCACGGUUUUGGCGGACACCAGGCUGGGAUUGUAGGAAGAAAUUUACAAGGGGGCGUUGGAUAUAUUACUGGAUUAGACCCUGCUCUCAUCGGCUGGGUGAACAACAUCCAUCGCUUCCAGCCUUCAGAUGCUAUAUACACAGAAGUUAUCCACACAAAUUACGGCGUCAACGGAUAUCUUGGAGAUCUAGCACAAGUGGACUUCUACCCCAAUGGCGGUAUUUCCAUGCCAGGCUGUGACUCCAAUGCUUGCGAUCAUGCUAGGAGCUACUUCUACUUUGCUGAGUCAGUUACUAGUGGAGGCUUCACUGGACGACAGUGCUUGAAUUAUUAUGCUGCUGUGCUCAAUACUUGUAAUACUCUGCCUGGAAGACUUCAGAUGGAAUCCUCCCAUCCCAAGACUGGACGUUCUGGUGUGUAUCUCACGGAGACGAAUGUUCAGCCACCUUUUUCUCAAGAUUGAAACUACAUCAGAUAAAAAGCACAUUACAAUUUUA